AUGGAAGGGGAAGAAAAAUUAAAAAAGCUUAACAAAAUGAAGGGAAAAGAUAUUGUGGAUAGAUCAUUAUAUUCAUUUAAUAAUAUUAAGAAAAUGUACUAUAAAAAAUAUUAUGAUGCCGAGAUGAAGAAGAAGAGUAUUUUUAACAAUGAAAGUAUAAUUGACAAUAAAAUAAGAAUAAAUGAGGAUUUGGAAAAAAUAGACAACCCAAAGGAAAUUAAAGAUAAAAAACUAUUUGUAAAUCCAGCAAUCAGUUUCAAGGCAAUUCUUGAUAGAAAGGAUUCGAGAAAUUUAUUGAGUGAGAAUAGUAAAUUGAAGCUAAAAAAUGAAGGAGAAAAAAGUGAAGAGGAAAAUAAAUCUAAAAAUGCUGAAAAAGAUGGCAAGGCUCUUGUUUCUUCAAACAAAAUCGCCAAUUCCUCAAAAUUUUCUCCUUUUACUCCAAUUAACUAUUUAGAGGAGGAUGUAUUAGAUGAAAGAUAUAUAAGAUUUAUUUCAAGUAAUGAAGAUCCUAGAAAGAUUAUUCCUUCGCUGGACCUAGGAGUUAUUGUUAAUGAACUUAAUAAACGAUUUAUGCACCUCCAAAAAAUUAGAAUGAAGAAUAGCUGUCAAGAUAAAAAUGUUAAUUUGACUUUUGGAGAAUUUCAAGGUACUGAUUUAAUAUCAGCAGAAAAUGUUCUUUUCUCGAAUUUAUUUAGUAAAAAUUUACACUAA